AUGACUCUUCGUGUUAAUGAUGGGUUCAGGAUCCUUCCACAGAGUGGUCAUACUUUGUGUCUAGGCGACAGGCGCUACCCUGUUCGAUCUACCCCAGAGGCAAGCCUGCUCCGUGACGCAAGCUUCCAAGCAUAUAACGGCCCUGCUCUGGCUACGGUUUUCGUGCAUGACGAGGACAAGAGGAUAAUAACUGAGCAGUGGAUCAAGCGUCAGAUCACCGACUAUCAGAUUGCAGAUGACGUCUUUCACAAUGCGUUCCUGGCAGGCAUUAUUGUAGUAGGAGACUCGGAACUCGACGCCGGUGCUCAGGCGUUUCUUAAGGGGGCGGGGAUGCAAUGGCUCCACGUUAUGGCUUCUUCUACGACUGGAUACAAGCUUCAACCAGGUCCAUAUGCGUUACUGGACGAUCAUUUACGAAAUGUGUAUAGAGCAUACAGAGACACGAGCGGCGCCUUCUUCUGCACUCUCGAACGCUCUGGCGAUGGCCGACCGUUUCAUGAAAUCUAUCCUGCCAAACAGGAGACUGCUCCGUGUAUCCAGCGUCUGGUUGAUCUUGGCGCUUUACUCGUUGCUAAAACCAAGCUCACGUCUUUCGCGACCUGGGAGGAACCAGUUGAGAGCAUUGACUGGCCAGCGCCGUGGAACCCUCGAGCUGAUGGAUUCCUUUCCGCUGGUGGCAGCAGCAAUGGAAGCGGAGCUGCUAUAAGCACAUAUGACUGGCUUGAUAUUGCUAUUGGGUCCGACACCACAGGCAGUGUCAUGAGACCUGCACUCUGGAACGGCUGCUUUGCCAUGCGUCCUAGCCACGGUGUUCUCUCCACCGAGGGUUUCUUCUCGUGCAUUAAGUACCAGUGGCAAACUCCAUCCGCUGUCUGGACCGACACAGAACAGCAAUGCGACUUGGCCUUGAAGUUUGUACAUGACAUGGAGUUUCAUUUGAAUUUGAAGCACAAGCAGGUAUCGUUCAAAGGGAAGUGGGAGCUUGAGCCACCGAUUGAGGCCGAGGGCAAAUCUUUGGAUGCAUACAUGCUUGACGCGACCGAAGAUAUGUGGUAUGACGACUACCAUGCUUUCGAUGACUUCCGCGAGAGAUACUACAGCAAAUACCAGAAGCCGCCAUAUGUCUCCCCACCAACACACAAAGCCUGGGAAAGUUGCAAGCCUAUCACUAAAUCGCAGCGCGAUGAGGCUGUCAGAAGAUUGGGCAUCUUUCGUACUUGGUUUCGCAAAAGCAUCAUUAAUGCCGAGUAUGACAACGCAAUGGUAGUCCUUCCCAUUGAGAAUGUGUAUCCAAGGUAUCGAGAUGAGCCCCACAACUUUCAACGACCCCCUGUUGGCGUUCACAACGUUCUUCUAGCCUCCUUAAAUGGGGCACCUGAGCUCGUCGUUCCAGUUGGGCAUGUGCCUUAUUAUUCAAAGAUCACGCAGAGGGAAGAGCAGCUCCCCUAUGUCGUUGGACUCAUGACACUUCCAGUCAAAGGCCGCAUACUGAAGAAGGCUCAAUUCUUGGUAGGGAUUGUGUUACUCCUCGCUCGUAUAGACUUUUAA